AUGUGACAUGUAAUGUAUAUGCGCAUGUGUGUGUGUGUGUGUGUGCGUGUAUCUAGAAUAUUAAAUCUCAUCUACAUAUAUAUAUAUAUUUGUCACAAACCGCAACAAAGCAUAGAAAAAAGAUAUUUCUUUUAAAUCAGAAACAAUUGCAACUUAUAUUCAAACGAUAAUAGUAAACGAAGAAAGACCAUGGAUUCCGAAGAAAUAGAAAAAGAAAUCAGAAGUUCUUUAACACAAUUCUUCGACAAAAACGGUAUUCCGAUGCCUAUUUAUAGAUAUAAAGGACACUAUAUUCCUUAUUCGGAAUUCUCGGUAUUAGGUUUAUCCAAACUAAAUACAGUGAAAAUAAGACCCGAUGAUAUUUUGAUGUAUACAUAUCCUGGAGCGGUUCCUUAUGGUGAUUACUUUAAACAUAGCCACGAAAUGUAUGCUUUUUGUAAAGGUAACCCAAAUGUGCUUAUCAUAACUUUUGAAGAAAUGAAAAAGGAUCCAUUCAAAGCAGUUUUACGGAUUGCUAAGUUCUUGGAGAAAACAGUUUCCGACAAACUUGCUGAAAGUAUUGUUGAUAUGUGUUCAUUUGAUAAAAUGAAGUCAGAAAAAGAAUUAGUUUUUUCGUAUUUUGAGGGAACAAACAAACUGAAACCUGGUGGUACUGUUUACCAUUCUGGUGUCGUAGAUACAUGGAAAAAAUGGUUGACCGUUGAGCAGAAUGAAAAAAUGGAUGCGAAGAUUCAAUCGGAAUUCUCUGAUCGAGAAAUUAAAUUCAACUUUUGAAGUAUUCACUGAUUUUUAAAAAAAGUGUUUUGUACUAGCUGAAAAUUUUAGUCUUAAUAUGAAAAUUUGUAUCGGCUUAUUAAUGAAAUAAAAGCAUAGGAAAAGAACAUUGUAAGUGAUUAUAAAUCAUAGGUUUUAGUUGUUCAAAAACUUAUUUAAAACCCGCGUUCUUAUAUUGUAGUCAUCAUUGAAUAAACUCAAAUAAAAGAAUAUAAAUAUU